UUUUUUUUACGUGCCAAACUCGAUUUGUGUUUCGAUUUUUGGAUUUUAUUGACAGUGGUUUUGUUUAAACAUUUAUACAAUGGUGUUCAAGCUUGUAUUGUUAGUGUUGUUCGCGGCGUGCGCUCACGGUCGUCUCUUCACAUACUACCGGCCUGCGGACCUUCAUCCGGAGCCCGCCCUCGUCCACGAGGAGCCACAGCUCGUGUUUGAUCAUCAUCACAUAUCUGAAGAUGAACACGUUGAUUAUUAUGCGUAUCCGAAAUACGAGUUCAAAUACGGCGUCAAUGACUUCCACACGGGGGACAUAAAGACACAUCACGAGAGUCGAGACGGUGACGUCGUCAAAGGUCAAUAUACAGUAGUGGAACCCGACGGCUCGAUUAGAACUGUGGACUACACCGCGGACAAACACAAUGGUUUCAAUGCUGUUGUGCACAGGACCGCACCAAUAACUCCACACGAAGCAGCCCACUACAAAUUCGCAGAGCAUUAAAUUUUUGCCAAUCAGUUUGGAAAUCAUUUUUGUUUUUAUGACUAUGUUUUCUUCGUAAUUAAUACUCCUUAUUUAAUUGGUUAGUAACUCUUUUGUUUCUUAUUUAUUUCCGUUGUAACACAGACUAUGUUAUUUAGUUGUAAGUUAGAAAUGUAAUAUUUUCGAUUGGAUUCAAUAAUUCCGAUCUCGUUGUUAUUUCUUGGUUUAUUUAUUGUUGAUGUUUUUAU